AUGGUACUUAUCGUUCUAAUACUUUAUUUCUUGACCCAUUUCACAGCAGCUAUCCAAUGGUUCAAUUUUCGAUUGAAUGAACAACCAAAAUAUUUAAGUUAUUCAUCGAAUACUCGUCAUCCAAAUUUUCAUUUUCAACAAUUUGCACAUGAACAACAGAUUCAUGCACAUUCUUUUAAUAUAUCCAAUCGUCCGGUUAUAGUUGCUUCUAACAAGAAGCCUAUAAAUCGUUCACUUCUGCAAACAUUUGCCAAUCAAGCAAAAUAUCGUUUUAAUAACACCGAUUUUGUUCAUUAUCAAACUAAUAAUAUCAAUAAGAAAAGUGACCAAAGAACUUCAUAUCAACAAGAACAACAUCAAUAUCUCAAUAAACUUGAAAGUUUUCAUUCAAAUGAUCGUGUCAUUAACAAUACACAUAAAAGAAACAUUCAUCCAAAAUUUCUCUUCUUUUUUCCUAUUGCUAAAAGAACGACAACAGUUGUUAAUCGACGUGUUUUUCCUCAAAUUCCAUUGUUAAAAUUGAUUGCUGCUGAUUCAAAACGUAAUAAUUCAUCGAUUAUUAAAAAUAAAAUUCAAUCAUUUCGAACUCGAUCGGUACUAGAAAAAGCAAUUAUGAAAAGUACAAAGCAAAAUCUUCUUCGAGCUUUUACAACAAAAGCAACUAACAACAAUCGUCUUCAAUAUCGGCAACUUAUCUUAGAUGAUUUUAAUAAUCAACAACAAUUGAAAGAAUUUCAGCAAAAUGAAAAUGAGAAAAAUGCUACAUAUAUCCAUUCAAAUAUUAACUUAGUUUUGAAAAAACGUAAACCACGAAAUCAAGAAAAUGAUGAUUCAUUAGAUAUAUUUCAUAACAUGAUUUUUGUACGUGAUGCACCUGUAAAUCAGGAAAAUGUCGAUUGGGAUUAA